CACAAUAGCCUUGUCUCCUGCGAGUGCCUACACUGCGCAAAGGUCGACCCUGCUGUGCUGAUGAUGCCCAGAUAGCACCCGUAUAAGUAGCGGUACUCUGGGGAUGCUCGGCACCAGUCUCGCAUUGAGACUGCUCAGAGGAAGACUCCUGUCACGAUGAAGUUGUUGGCAUUGAUGUUGGUGGGCCUGGUUGGUGUGGCUGUUGCCGAGAUCAACAACCACCACCCCCUGUCCGCCGCUGCCAUUCACCACAUCAACUCCCAGAAGCCAACAUGGACGGCUGGCCACAACUUCCCCACCGACACGAAGAUGGAGAACGUGCGCCGGCUGAUGGGCGCGAGGCGCGACCCCCUCCGCGUCCGCCUUCCCCUCAGGGAGGACGUCGAGGUCGAUGAGGUGGAGUGGUGGCCCUGGAGCCUCCCCAAGCACUUCGACGCCCGCAAGGAGUGGCCGAAAUGCCCCACCAUCGGCGAGAUCCGUGACCAGGGCUCCUGCGGAUCCUGCUGGGCACAUGGCGCUGUCGAGGCCAUGUCCGACCGUAUUUGCAUCGCAUCCAAGGGCAAGAAGAACGUGCACGUCUCCGUCGAGGAUUUGCUCACCUGCUGCUCUGCGUGCGGCGACGGCUGCAACGGUGGUUACCUGGAACCCGCCUGGAACUACUGGGUGGAAACCGGCCUCGUUUCCGGCGGAAACUACAACUCCAACGAGGGCUGCCGCCCUUACUCCAUCGCUGCCUGCGAGCACCACGUCAACGGCUCCCGCCCGGCCUGCGGUGGCGAGGAGGGCGACACCCCCGCCUGCACCAAGCAGUGCGAGGCCUCUUACAACAAGGACUACAACAGCGACCGCGUCUUCGCCAAGUCAGCCUACUCCGUGAGUAACGACGAGAAGGCCAUCAUGAAGGAGAUCAAGAAGCACGGACCCGUGGAGGCUGCCUUCGACGUUUACGAAGACUUCCUUAACUACAAGUCUGGCGUGUACAACUACGUCGCUGGCGAUUACGCGGGCGGCCACGCCGUGCGCAUCCUCGGCUGGGGCGAGGACAACGGCGUCAAGUACUGGCUCAUCGCCAACUCGUGGAACACCGACUGGGGCGAAAACGGCUUCUUCAGGUACAUCCGCGGUACCAACUUGGGCGGCAUGGAGGACGACGUCGUCGCUGGUCUGCCGAAGCUGUAAACAGCGCCUACUUCCAAUAAUAAAGGGAGCUGAGUGAUGGAGA